CUUGCCACUCGUGCUAGCUAGAAUGUUCUAGCGCAUUCAUGUUUCUGAGUGUAAAGGGGAGUUAACUGGUUUAAAAAGAGCUGUGAGUCCAUUUAUUCAACACUGAUACAGAGGAUUAUUGAAAAGCAGUGACCAUCAUGGCAGAAGACAGACAGGCCAGGAGGUACCCCCCAAACCUUCAGGGGGUCCUGCAGCUGGCAGUGGAAGCUGGAUCAGCCGCAGAGGGACCUGCCCCUGUCGAGCCCAUGUCAGAGGAGAGGAAAACAUGGCUGACAGAUGCUCUUGCAGAAGUCUGUAAAGGGCAGAUGGAUGAAGUGGAGCAGAUGAAGCGGUGCUUGGCCGUCUUAUGCCAAGAGGGAAUGAGCGAGAGGGAGAGAGAAGGAGAGGAUGAGAGGGAUGAAGAGGAGGAAGAUGAGAGGGAAACAGCCUUGGAGAUGCUGUCAGAGUUGUGUGAGAACCUCGACAAUGCUAGAGACCUAAUGACUCUCGGUGGACUGGACUUGUGCGUCUCCCAGUAUCUGAUUCAUGCCCAAAGUGGACUGAGGUGGCGUGCUGCCCAGCUUAUCGCUUCCUGCGCCCAGAACAUGCCUCAGGUGCAGGUCCACCUGUAUAGCAUCGGGGUGCUGCCGAAGCUGCUGCAGCUGACAGACUCAGACAGCAACCCCACCGUCAGAGUAAAAGCCCUUUACGCAGUGUCAUGUCUUGUUCGAGAGCAAGAAGCAGGACUCCAGGCGUUCUUGUCCAACGACGGUUUCUCAGUGCUGAUGCGAGGGAUGCAGUCGGACAACGAGAAGCUCAGGACCAAGUCGGCAUUUCUUCUGCUCAGCCUACUGACAGCUUAUCCUGAACAGAAAGACACCGUUGUCUCCAUGGGAAUGGUUCAGCAGCUGGUCUCUGUUCUUCGCACACCACACUCACCUUUCCAUGAACAUGUGCUUGGCGCCCUUUGCUGUCUGGUGGAAGACUGUCCGGAGGGUCUCAGAGACUGCAGGAGUCCAGCCUUGGCUCUGGAGGAGUUACUCAGACAGCGAUCCAGAGAGCUCCAAGGAAAAGAUGAGAGUCAGGAAGAACUGGAUUUCUGUGAGCGUCUGAAGGUUAUUUGCUUCCGCGGUCAACAGUCUGAUGACAAUGGGAUGGAUCGCUGAACUCUUCUUUACCUCACCUGUUCUGGUAUUAAUGUACAAAGAUGUAACGGAACAUUUGUGACUUGGAUUAUGGAGGUGAAGCAAUGUUUUUGUCUGUUACGACAGACUCUGUCCAUACUGUACAUUUCAUGCAGCAGAUGGAUUUUACUGUGUAAAUAACUAAUGUAUAAAAUACAUUUCAAGUCAGCUGUUACUUCAGUCCACUGUUUUCAAUUCUUCAGAUACAAAUCAUUAUCACAGGUACUAUGUAAAUUAUUUUCUAUUUGAAUCUUUACUUCCCCAUAGUUGAUUUUUAAUCGUUUUUAUGUGCAGCUCAUUUUAAUUGUAAUUUAGGUUGGUCUGAUGACUUCAUUUCAUCAUUGUCUGUUAAAUCAUGACCCAAAAUAAUGAAAAAGAAUAAUUGUUUAUUUUUUUACACCACAUUUAUUUAUUAAUAAAACAAAUAGGAGUAUUUAUAUACAUAUAAUGGCCAUCUCACAAGUGCAAAACAAUGCCACCACAUGCACAACCUACACAUUAAAACAUGGAUGUCAUGCAAAAUUUUAUUUUUUUUGACACAAAU